AUGUUGGGUUCAAUGGGUAGACUGGGCACUACUAUGGAACAAAGAGCUAAAAUGGCCGUCGCUAGUAACUCAGUGGAGAUAGAUCCUGUGUUUAUCAAGGCUUUGAAGCUUCUCCACUCAAAGCACCCUGAUUCUCUGGACCAGCUUCGUGCUCUUAGAGAUGAAGUCGUCAGACAGCACAACCAGCAAGCUCCCACGUCUUCCAAGGUACGAAAUACAAACACAAAUCUCAAUGUUAUCUCUUAUAUAAUGCAAGCUGUAAGGACACAGGAUUUAACAUGUCCUUGGUUUGACAAUCAAAAUAAUCUAGGUAUUCUGGUUGUCAGCGGGCUGGACACUUUCAAGCCUAAAAAACUUGUUAGUGCAACUGAUUGAGCGAAACAACGUCGGUAAUAAUAAUCAAUGAGUUACUAGCAUGAUGGUAAAGUGAACAAUUUUCCUCAUUUGUUGAUGUAACAUGACACCGCUAAUUUCAUGCAAAUGUGAACAGCUAAUUUUUUCCCAACAAUUUGUUAAAAAAAUAGAGCAAGUUGAAUUGUCCUUUUUUUUUUUUCAUGUGAAUCAAUCAACACUUGGUUGAUGUAGUUAAUAUGUAAUUCCCAGGAUCAGCUUUCUGCAAGCUUGCAAGGCAGGAGUUUGCCAUUGUCAUUGCUUGUUCUUUAAAGAUGCAAGAUUGAUGAACAGUUCUCUGUAAAAAUUUGGGAGAAAGCUGAACAAAGGGGUCUCAGUGUGGUAAAUGUCUUACAAUAUUCCUAACAAAAUCCCACUCUGACAGUUGCAGUGAUAUGCACUUUCAUUAUCCUACUCUGGCAUUGUAAGCUUGAGCCAAAAUAUUUCAAUCAUGGUACCCCAGCAAAAGAGUGUAUUUCAUGCAAGUAAUUUGGAUUUAAAAUGAAUUUAUCUAAAAUAUGUGCAGGCAGAAACCUUUAUCUUUUCUGUCAUUGACAAAGUUUUUCACUACUAACAUGUGAAGUAUCCUGGUAAGCAAAAUUGUCAUCUAUAACCUUACUUGAGUGCAACAAACAGCACUGGUGGAAACAGACAAGUAUAAUGGUGGGUGUUACAAGGCACAAUCAUUACCAACCUUAAUUAAAGAACCAGUUUUACUAUGAUUUUCUGUUUUUUUUUCAACAAGGAGAAACCUAAAGAAGGUAAAUUGGGACUUCACACUGAGAGGAGACCAAGUGCAAUAGUAUCAACAGCAGAAGUAAAGGCCAAAUUGACUGAGAAAAAAUUUGAAGCUGAACCAAAGCAGAAUAUUCCAACUGUGAAACCAGAGCCAGUUAAGAGUUUUCCUAUUGAAGAGGCAAGUGUUGAAACAUUGGAGGUUGGCUCAAGUAUGAUAGAAACUGUGGAGCUAAGCUCAAGCUCCUUCAUGGAUCAGAGUUCAUCAAAGAAAGCUAAGCUUCAAUUUGAUGUUGAGGAUGUUUUAGAUGAAGGAGAUUUAGAACCCCCAACAGCUCUGCAGCCUGUGGUUGAUGACUUAAUGAUUGACUGGGGAUCUGUUUGCAGUAUUUGUUGCAGGUUUGUUUUCCUUUUCAUUGUUUUCUAUUGAUUGUCAUUGUUUGCUAUAAAUUUGUCCCUCAGUCAGUCAGUCAGUUAUUCAGUUAGUCUUUACCAUUUGCUCUGAUGAAGGGCUAACGCUCCAAAUGUCAGCAUUGAAACUCAUUACGGUGACCAAUGCAUGUCAUCAACUCAGUUGAUAACACUUAAAAUUACCUGCUGUUAUACUCUCCCACUGACAGUUGCUCAAGAGUUUCUUUAAAAACUAACCCCUUCAUUCAGUUAGUCUGUUUGGCAAACCAUAUGUUGGUCCUCCUAUACUUCCAUCCAUUCAUCCAUUUAUCAAUUGCUCAGUCUACAAUCAGACUAUCACCUUCUGUUUGUUUUGGCGCAAAAAAAAUCGUCAAGAUCAAAUUUUUUUUAACUUUCUAAAAAUACUUUUCAGCUCUAAUCCACUUGGCUAUUUACACAGCUGCAUAAAGCAAACAUCUGAGUACAGAAGUGUUUUUAUUUCAUAUAUACUGAGAUUCACACUGUGAAGUACUGUUGUUCGUGUCUCUCAUUGGACGAACAGUGUAUCUUCACUGUCAUUUGCUUUAUAUUUCACAGCAUAAAUCUUAGUAUGUAUGAAAUAAAAACAUCAUACUAUGAAAAGUGCUUGAAUGAUUUUUAUUCAUGAGUAGUGGUGCAUCAAAAAAACUCACUCAUUUGCUGCACUCAGUCAUUAAUUUUUUUUGAUGCAUUGCAACUUGUGAAUGAAAAUUGUUCGUGCACUCUUUCCAUGGAAUAAUCUCAAUUUAUGUGGAUCAAGAAAAAGUUUGUGCAGUUUCACCAAUCAAGAUUGGGAUGAAAAAGUGUGAAUGGUUGUACUUAUUGGAAAUUUCCAUGAUAACUAUAAGCAAAUUAAUAUUAUUAUAAUUAUGGAAUUUUAGGUAAACUUUGGAAUGUGGCCAAAAUCAAAAAUUGUUCAAUUGCUAUGGUUUAGUCAAGGUAAAAACAAAGUAUCUAAUGUUUUAUACCAUUCAAUCCAUAUUGUUUUUGUUUAUUUUCAGAGAUGAGAGCAAAAUUCCUGGGAAUCAGUUGGUAGAAUGUCAUGAAUGUCAUUCACUUUAUCAUCAGGUACAGAGAAGAGAAACUUACAACAAUUAACAGAGGUUGUUUGAGCACUUAAGUCAAUAUUAAGACAAUAUUCUCAGUAUUUGUAUAGAUAUGUAAUCAUGAUUAUAAAUAUUUUUUUUACAGAGGUGUCAUGAACCGCGUGUUGUGGACAGUGAAGUCAAUGAUCCACGACAUGUGUGGUACUGUGUACAGUGUGUCAGGAGAAUGAGAGAAAUGGUAUUUCUCAUUUAUGUUUUACUACUUUGUACCCAAAUCUUGUCUAAAUUUUUCUGUUAGUUUUUUACUUCUCACUUUGUGUAGCAUUGCAUUGCCGCAAUAGUUUGGCAACCUCUUUCUGAUGUUGAAACCUUGUUGCACAACUCUUGAGAUUCUGUUACCUUUGGAAACAAAUAAGAUUGCCAGUGACAACACUGUUAUUGUAUGGUCAUGACCCUGUUGCCAAACAUUUCCCAUGCCUCACUCAACUGACAAUUAUAGUAACACAGUGGUAAGAUGAUACUUUUCAGUAGCUCUUUUAUAUUUGGAUUGUAAAUUCCACUUUUUAUCCCUGUCCACUGCAAAGGACUGUUGUCAACAUCAGAGUCAGGGGAUGAGUUCUAUUAGGGUUGUCAAAACAUCAGUCACCAUCACCGAUAACAGUCCUUUUCAGGACUACUCUUACAUUACAUGCCUCAUUGUUACCCCUGGGUUUCAAACUGUUUCCUUUGGGACAACAAGGAUGCAUGUAAAAAUUGUAAAAGUAGAGUCCAUAAUUUAUGCACUAUAUAUAUCAAUGUACUUUUUGUAAUCAUAGCCAAAUUUUAGAAUACUUUGUAUGCACUAGUUUUAUCAUUUUUAAUUUUUAAAAUUAUUUCUGCAGGCCAGCAGUGCAUCUCCAAAGUCACGCCCAACAGAGUCUGCAACAUUCAGUAAACCACUGUCUUCCUCUCACAGACCUGUGCCUUUAGCACCCUUCAAAAGACCCUCCAUUAAUGAAACUAAGGUAAAAAUAUUUAUGUAAAAAAAAACUUGAUUACUGAGCAUUCUUUUUAUUACCUUCUCAACAGUCUGAAACCUUAUGAUGUAGGACUUUUUAAUUCUUAAUCUCUUAAUUUCUGUUUUUAAUUCUUAAUUUCUGGAACCCUCAAGGUGAAUGGAAAGCGAGGUUUCCUUAGACAUUCCCUCCCUUCUGUUUCAUCUUGAGGAGGAGGGUAUGGCUACACAAACAAACACACAAACAAACACACAAACAAACAACUUUAUUUAAGGAGGGUCACACUCAACAGUAGUUCAACUGAUGAACUAGUGGCUGUUGAUCCUCAAAGUACCAUAAUUAGAAGUAAAAUGCAUUUGAGGAUUAUAAAACUGGUGGACAGGUCUAUAAUAAUAUAAGCUAAAAACUAGAUAAAAUAAAAUAUGCUGCUUGGGUCAGGUUAAAUCGCAUUUGGACUGAAAUGUUCUACUUCAUCAUAGCUCAUUAAAAAAAUGUCUGUAAAAGGCCACAGCAAAAGUUUUUGUCAAUUUGUACAUCAGUCACAAAUCAUGGAAAUGAAAUUGGGUUUUAAGGGUUUUUUUUUCAUUUUUUUCAGCCCAUUUCCUCCCCAACCAUGCAUCAGUCAUUUGCCAUCCCAGCACUGAGUACAGCUUCAUCAUCAUCAGCUGGGGCUGGCAAGCCGUCUGUGGGCAGUGGGGCAACUUCUUCACAGAAUGUGGCAGCCAUGCAGCACUCUGCAUUAAAAAGACUACAGAUGGUUAAGAAAAAAGCUCAACAGCGCGUGUUGAAUCACCAGCAGAUUCGCAUUCCCAGGAGAUAAUAAACCUAUAGGUGCAUUCAAUGUAAAGGAAAGCUUUAAAAAAGAUCAGAAAUUCUUGACUCUUAAAAAACAAUUCAUUACUUGAAGGUUAACCAGUGUCACUGGUGCAUCAACCUUGCAAAUUAGGUUGUAGUUUUAAAUGAGUCCUGUUGAAAUAACCACACACUGCACAACAGCUGAAUGGUUGCCUUUAAGCGGCUAAAGUUUCACUAUCUUUUCUAAGGAAUUGUUUUUCUUGGUGCAAUUUUUAGAGUUUCAGUUGUAAAAACAAUCAAUCAUUUGACCAAAAAUUUUGAUGACCUUCACUUGCAACUAACAACUUUUAGGGCCUUUGAAGUUUGUAGUAGUCUGGGGUUGAUGUUUCCAUGCAUCAUGCAUAUAUUUAACCCUCUAACUCCUGUGAGUGACCAAGACAGAAUUUCUCCUUACAAUAUCAAUACAAUAUCAACCAGAUAAGUGAUGAGAUAAAGAAAAAUAUCAAUUUGAGGAUAAUAAGUUGAUCCAAUACCUAAUUCCCUGAACCAACAUUAGAAGAAAUGUAUGGUGAACAGUAAGGAGAAUUACAAAUUUGAUCUGAGGGUUAAAGGGUUAAAUGUUCAGUUGGAUUGACUGAUGGAAAAAAGAGAACAAUUGAUUAAAGGAAACAACAAUAUCAACAUAAGUGUAUGGUGAAAAUGUAUUUAUUUAGGAAAGUUGGUGUUCUCCUUUUUUUCCUGUAUUUGAUAGGUGCAUAAUUCUAGUAUGUAAAAGUUAAGUCUGACUACGAGUCGAGUGUGUCAUUCUGUUUUCUGCUGCAGUAAGCCUUUCACCCUAAGAGUGACAAGCAUCUAAUUUCUCACAACAUCACCCUUGAAUCAAACAACAAGGUUACAAGAAUAAAGGAAAUGAUCACAAAUAAGAGAAGCUGUUGAUUGUUAAGCCUUUAACUGCCAGAAGUGAUUAACACAAAACUUCUCCCUACAAUAUCCAUACAUUAUUCAGCAAACAGGUAAUUAAUGAGAAUAUUCAAACUUAUCAGGUAGAAGCUGCUAUCUUGAUCUAGCACCAUGUUCUCAUUUCUAAUUUACAAGGAAAUGUGUAGCAGCUAGAGGGGAGAAUUAACAAAUAAGAUCUUGGGAGUUAAAGGGUUAAAUAGAGUAUUCCUUAUUGGCACCUUAGGAAAUGUAUAGAGAACUGUAUUGAGAAUGUGUGUACUUAUGUUAGGGUCUAAAGGGUCAAGAAGACUGGGAAUAUGGCAGGAAUAUCCCAUCAUUUUUUUCAGGUCUCUGCAUCAGUUUGUUGGAACCCUUUUAUACUCCUUGUGGGAGAAAUGCACUGAGCCAGUAAAAGAUCUCACUCUAGAACACAACUCAAUGGUCUGGGGGAGACUCUGGAGGAGAGUCAGUGAGAUUUCCAGUCUUGUUACUAUGGGGUUUUCUUCACUUAUCAGGAGAGGUUGUUAAAAGACCUACCCAGUAAGCAUAGGGUUAGUCUGGGUUGCUACCAUGUGCUUAUCGUUUCCUGAGUGGACCCCUGAGAUGAUGAACUUUAGGUGAAUGGGGUGAACUGGCUCAUUAGCAAGAAACCCAAAGAAUUUCAUUUUCAAAUGAC